GGCGUAGUGACGGAGCAAGUGGGUGCGUCACGGAAAACUGUUUGUUGUGUUUUCUUCAUGUUUUCCUGAAUUCCUGCCGCACGAGAUGAUUUAUUUACGUGCCUUUCCCUUUUUCGUGAUCACCGCAUUGAUAUUCACGCUGAAUUGGAGUUCUGUUGCAGGCCAAUAUCACCAAUUCUACGAUGAGCACAAGACGGAGAAGCUGAUCUGGUGCACGACGAGUCGCGAGGAGCAGUACAAGUGCCAGAACUUCACGGUUGCCUUGGAGCGGGAUUUCGCCCUGUUCGAAGAUGACUUCUUCAACGUCUCCUGCCACCAGGCGUUCGACAAGGACGAGUGCAUCCUGCUGAUUGACCAGGAGAAGGCCACCAUCACCUCCCUGGAUCCCGGAGAGGUCUUCCAGGCCGGCCGAUACAACUCGCUGGUGCCGAUCUUGCAGGAGACUUACGAGGGCGGCUUCAAGAACUACUACGCCGUGGCUGUGAUCAAGUCCGGCGCCACGGACAUCUACUCCGUGCGGGAUUUGCGCGGCAAGAAGGCGUGCUUCGCGGGCGUGGGCAGUCAAGCUGGCUGGACAAUUCCCGUCUAUCGUCUGCUGAAGGAUGGCCUGAUGGAGAUUGUCGAUUGCAACAAUCACGUGAAGUCGGCGAUUAACUUCUUCGGCAAGUCCUGCGCUGUGAACUCCCUGGUGAACAAGAACAAUCCCAUCGGCGACAACUCGGACAAACUCUGCAAUUUGUGCACUGGCGUCGUGCCGGGCGGCAAAUGCACAGCUCAGGAUCCGUACGCUGGCUUCGAGGGUGCCUUCAGGUGUCUUCUGGAGGCGGGAGAUGUGGCCUUCCUCAAGCACACCACCGUCACUGAGAUGAUCAACAGCAAGGAGUUCAAGAGUGUGUCUGAGAAUCAAUUCGAAUUGCUCUGUCCGGAUGGUCAGAAGCGCCCCAUGAGUGAGUAUCGGCAGUGCAACUGGGGUCUGGUGCCUUCGGACGCUGUUGUGGUGUCUUCAGCGCAGACAAGCAUCGUGAGGAAGCGCAUUGAAAGGUUUCUGCUGAAGAGUGUUGAGUUGUAUUCCACGAAGCCUGUGGGACCGGAUCAAACUUCCUCCUUCAAUGCUGACCAAGGGAAUCCUUAUGACUCCGGAAGUCGAUACAAUAACUACGACAAUCCCUACAGUAAUGACAGAUUUGGGGGAUUCGGAGGCGCCGGAGCGGGAAGAUAUGACUCAAAUCGAGCGUACGAUCCCAACAGACCUUACGAUCCGAACAGAGGAUUCGACAGCAAUCGCGGAGGCUUCGGGAGUGUGUAUGAUGAUCCCUUCAGGACGACAACAACCACCACAACGACAACCACAAGGCGUCCUUCCUUCGGCUUCUACAACGAUCCUUUCGGGAAUAUGAAUCAGAACCAAACCAAUCAGGAUGAGUACAAUCAGACGCAAGUCUAUGAGAGAUUCGAGCUGUUCGACUCAGAGCGCUACGGCACGAAGUUGAAUCUCAUGUUCAGUGACACGGCGAGGACAUUCGCUGGCAUUAAGGAGGAGGAUCAGCACUUUGGCGGCUAUUUGGGGGACAACAUGGAGAUCAUCAUGGGCGUGAGAAUGUGUCCGGUGAGCAGAAUGUCGCUCUGCAUCACAUCCGAUGCUGAGAUGGAAAAGUGCCUGAAGAUGCGAACGGCGCUGAAGGCGCAGCUGAUCAAACCUGAGAUGAUUUGCCAGAAAGGACAUUCGCACAUCCAUUGCAUGCAAUAUAUCGCGCGAGGAGAGGCGGAUGUGGCGGUGUUCGAUGUGAGCGAUGUGUACACGGCUGGAUUGAACUAUCAGCUCAUUCCCUUCCUCUCGGAAGUCUACAAUCUCGGCCAGCCGGAAUACUAUGUGGUGGCGAUUGCCAAGGAGGAGGAUCCGGACACUGAGUUGACGUACUUGAAGGGGAAGAAUACGUGUCACUCGGGUAUCAAUACAGCCGCUGGCUGGGUCUAUCCCAUGGCGUAUCUCAUCUCCAACGGCUGGAUUCGCCCUUACGGCUGCGACAGCAUCCGAGCCGCCGCUGAGUACUUCUCCAAAUCCUGCGUCCCAGGCGCCAUCAGUGCGGAGUACAACACUGGCGUGCCGUACGACAACAUGUGCGAUCUCUGUCACGGCGUGAGCUACAGAUACUGCCGGCGAGACGCCUCUGAGGACUACUAUGGCCACACAGGAGCCUUCCGGUGUCUCGUGGAGGGCGGUGGACACGUUGCCUUCGCCAAGCACACGACAGUGAGUGAGAACACGGGUGGGAAGAAGCGCGAAUGGUGGGCGAGGAACACGCUGAACGAUGACUUCCAGCUGCUCUGUCCGGAUGGCACCAGAGGACGUCUCAAUGACUACCAUCACUGCAAUCUGGGCAAGGUGAAGGCCAAUGCGGUGGUGACACGAGGCGGUCCGGGCUACAAUGAGACACAAAUCAAUGCCUACAUCAAUCUCUUCACGUACGCUCAGCAAUUCUAUGGGAGGAAAGAGCAGGACGCAUUCAGCUUCAGCAUGUUCUACUCUUAUCCGCCGUUCCAUGACUUGAUCUUCCAAGAUGCCACGCGGCAAUUGACUGUGGUGCCGCCCGAGAAUCGCCGCUAUGAUCGGUAUGUUGGGAAGGACUUUAUGCGUGCGCGACGCAUCACGGACUGCCUGGCAGGUGGGAGUCAAGUGACGAUAGAUCGCAUGCUCAUUGCACUCAUCACAGCCUUCACGGUUCUCUUUGGGAGGACAAUUCUACUAGAGUACGGAAGAUUAAGCGAUGAUCUAGAAGAGCUGCAAGAAAUGUUGGAAUCGUGCGUGAAGAUGUCAGUGAACCUGCGGACGGUGUAUGCAUUCGCCAGGGAGAUGUACCCCAAGAAGGUGAAGGGGGACAUUCAGUACGGCACGGCGGGAUUCCGGACAAAAGCCGAAAAUUUGGAUUAUGUAAUGUACCGGAUGGGAUUGCUGGCAACGCUGCGAUCGCGAUUGAAGAACGGCGCCGUGAUUGGUGUGAUGAUAACGGCGUCGCACAAUCCUGAGCCGGACAAUGGUGUGAAGCUGGUGGAUCCGAUGGGGGAGAUGCUGGAGGCGCGAUGGGAGAAGUUGGCCACGCGACUGGUGAAUGUGAGCGAUCAGGAGUUGGAGAGUGAAAUUGCGGCGGUGAUUCGCGAGGAGAACGUCUGCAUCUCGGCUCCGUCCACGGUGUUCGUGGGCAUGGAUAAUCGCUACCACAGUCCGAGGCUGCUGAAGGCCGUGUGCGAUGGCGUGGUGGCGCUCAAGGGGGGCGUGAAGGAGUUCGGCAUCCUCACGACGCCCAUGCUGCACUAUCUCGUGGUGGCGGCCAACACGAAGACGCGCUACGGCAUGCCGACGGAGGAAGGAUACUACAAGAAGCUGAUCACGGCCUUCCAGAACGUCCGCGGCACGACCACCACGCGCGCCAACUACACAAACCGCGUGUACUUUGACGGCGCCAACGGCGUGGGGGCGCGAAAGAUGCUUCAGUUCCUCAAGCGCAUGGAUCGCGGCCUGGAUGUUGUGGUGUUCAACAGCGGCGAGGGGAAGAUUAAUCACGAGUGCGGCGCCGACUAUGUGAAGGUUCAGCAGAGGGCGCCGGCGGGAAUGCCCGAAGUGGAGGCGAACGCGCGCUGUGUCUCUGUGGACGGAGACGCGGAUCGCGUGGUGUACUUCUUCACGGAUGAGAACAACUGCUUCCACCUGCUGGAUGGGGAUCGCAUCGCCACGCUGGUGGCGGAUUAUCUCAUGGAGUUGGUGCGCGAGUGCAAUGUGAACCUGCGAAUGGGAUUGGUGCAGACGGCGUACGCCAAUGGCGCCUCCACGGACUACAUUGAGCAUCAGCUGCGCGUGCCCGUGGCGUGCGUGCCCACGGGCGUGAAGCAUCUCCACCACAAGGCGAUGGAGUUCGACAUUGGGGUGUACUUCGAGGCCAAUGGCCAUGGGACGGUGAUCUUCAGCCAGAAUGCCAAGGAUAUGAUCAAGAAGACCGCUGAGGAUGACAACGUGAACGAAGAGCAGCGAAAUGCAGCAAAGACAUUCUUGCAAAUAAUUGAUCUCAUCAAUGAGACAGUGGGCGAUGCCAUCUCUGACAUGCUCCUCGUGGAGACAGUGCUGCUGGCCAGGGGAUGGAAUCUGCGCGACUGGGCCAACACGUACACAGAUCUGCCGAAUCUGCAGCUGAAAGUCUCCGUGGCGGAUCGCAAUGUGAUCACCACGACUGACGCUGAGCGCGUGUGCGUGACUCCCGAAGGUCUGCAGGAGGAGAUCAAUGCUCUCGUGGCCAAAUACCCACGCGCCAGGGCUUUUGUGCGUCCCUCGGGCACUGAGGAUGUGGUCAGGGUGUACGCCGAGGCGGAGAAUAAGGAGGACACAGCUGUUCUGGCCCAUGAAGUGGCUUCGGCUGUGCACAGACUCGCCGGCGGCGUUGGCAGUCCGCCGGAAUUGCCCAGGCAGUUCGUCAACUCACACUAUUAAGGCUCUCUGGAUGGCAGAUGCGCUUCAAUGUGGGUCCAAAAAGCAGAGAUUUAUUCUACCCUCAUCACGAGCAAUCAUUGGUAUUUUCCAGUGGCCGAUCAAUCAUACAAUUUAUCCCGCGCCGGCCACUGACUUGUGAUCCCAACAACUGCCAUCUACCACACACUUCUUGGCUCACACGGCCGUAGUUAUGGAAGAAGGAAA